AUGCCGUCCUUCACCUCCCGUCUCCCCACCAACCCCAACCUGUCCUCCCUUCCCAAAUACUACGGUGACGCCUCCACGCUCCUCUCCUUGGACAAGUACAACCGACGUCAUUCGUUCCGCCCUUCCUGGAUCUCGGACGACGAACCCGAUCAUACGGUUUCGUAUGCGUGUGUAGGAGCGGAGAAGGAGGACGAGUUGGAAACGGUUGUAUGGCUCAAUGGUUUGGGUGGGAAUCGAUAUGCUGCUGGUCAGUUAUUUGUGACCUUGAUUCGCGAUUGACUCGUCGGCACCCGACUUCCCCACUUCUCCCCCGCGUACACGUACGCACAUACUGCGCACUCCAGCGAAUAUUGACGCCCUCCUCGAGCACCUCCACAGCUUUCCUAGACGGUAUCUUCGCAAUGUAUCGCCUCCGUUUGAUCCACAUCGACCGACCUGGAGCAGGACACUCAACUCCCGUCCCCCUCUCUCACCGCGUCGAAUGGUCAACCGAAGCCCUUCUCUCCAUCCUCUCCCACGAAGGAAGACCCCCCCACCUAUCCGUGAUCUCGCAUUCCAACGGCGUCAUCUACACGCUCCAUUUACUGUCCCACCUUCCUCGAACGUACGCAGUCCGACAUUGGUUCAUGAGUUCCCCGUUUGUGAUUCCCCUCUUGUCCGGGAGUUGGUCCUUGGGUCUGGCGAGUUAUCUCCCUGCCCCCGUGACGGGGAGUUUGGGCACGUUGGCUUCGACGUUUAGUACGAGUUUGGGAUGGUAUCAAUCUGCGAAGGGGGUGUCGAGCGGUGAAUUAGGUGGACUGUCAAAAUGGUGGGGUGGGGUACCGAUGACCUCGACGACGGCCGCCGAAGCUGAAGACCCUACACUAUCCACCGAAGAGGAUUCAACCCAAGCGACCAGAAAAUCAAGACGACAGUACGAGCGUUUCGUCAAGAAGCAAAACGAUCUCCACGCAUCCCCUGACGACGCUCGGCAGAACGAACGUCGUAAAACGUUCGAAGGGUAUUUCUUUGGGCCCGAUUUGUUCAACGAGGCGAUGAAGAGGGCUGGGGAGGAAGGGUUGGGGUAUAUGGGUGAAGAGGCGUUGAUUUCUUUACGAAAGGGGGAGGGGGCGAGGUGGGGCUGGCCGAAGGAGGGGGCGGAGGGUCGGGAUGGGAAUGUGUAUUUGAGAGGGUUCAGGGAAUGGAAGGAAGGGUGGGAGAAGGAAGGGAGAGCUCUACCGAGGAUCAAAGUGGGGUACGGGAGUGAGGAUGGGAUGAUUCCCAAGAGGGGAAGGGAUCAUCUCAAGUCUGUGUUGGUCGAUCAGCUGCGUUUGGUCAAAGGGGAGGAUUGGAGAGAGAUCCGGGGGGCGGGACAUGAUGAUACGCUCGGGGUGACGACGUUGAUUGAGCCUUGGUGUCAGAGCGUGGUGGCUUCUGCAGAGGGUCACUAG